UUUCAGGUUGUGUGUUAUUGUAAUUUUCUAAUCUCACUCUUGGUGACACAAUGUUUUGCGAGCAUUAAUAAUAAUUCAUUUAAUUACUACACACAAGCACAUUACUCUCCAAACAUCUCUAAUAUUAAAUAAAUAGAAAAAAUAAAUAAAUGGGAUCUGUCCGAUACAUUCUUGGUCCCUGUGCCAGACUGUCCUCGGAGGAGUGUUUGCUUAGGGACCUCUCCUUGUGUUUAGAGUGGACGAGCAACUUGUGAGUGUCUUGUGUGUUUUGUUUAUGGCCGGUCAACAUUGCAGAAGGGUGUGAACUCCAAUGAUCCUCUCACCAUAGGCACACUGGAAAGUAAUGAGGCGGAAGGAGACUGAUGCAAGUGUGUAAAUCUGGAGUCUCACCUGGAACAUUUAUAUUGUCUGUUUAUAUGUGCUAUUUCAUUUGUCUAUCUAUUUGCACCUUUCCAAGGUCACUGUCAUUGUCAGAUUAGCCAAAGUGACUUUACAUGAACUCACGGUCGUCCUUGUCCACAAACAGCAGCGGAUAACUUAAUAGUUUUCAAAACAUUGUCCGAGGAAAAAAUCCUGGGGCCAUUUCAGGAAACAAUUUUUUUUCCCAGUUUGUGCGCUGUAGCUGCAACAAUCCGUGGAGCCAAACAAAGCCGAUUCCUUAGUCACGCGCCUAAUUUGGAACUGAGGUUAUUUGUAUCAAAGCAUGGAGGCAUACGGGAAGCUGGGGAAUUACUGGAAUUUUUUUAUGAUUUAAUAACAGCUGACUCAGGGCGGAAAGUACUGCUGUGAUAGGGUGACUGACUGCUUAAGCGGCACACUCGGGUCUUCUGACUGACUAUGGGUCUUAGAAAACGCCAUUACGGAUUCUUCGACCAAUGAUAUUUGUAUCAUGCCAAGGUGGUAAUGCUGAUUGUUUGCAAGCACAGAAAUUGUUUGCCAUUAUCUUUUUUUUGUUUUAGUGUGUGCACAAGUUUAUUUGGCAAAGUUUGGAGGACAACCCACCUUCCAGCACACACAGACCAAAAGAGAAAGAGAGAGAGAGAGAGAGAGAGAGAGAGAGGGACUCGUCACACUCCUCCUCAGGGAUUUACUUCUCCCCAGGGGGGCUAAGGGAAAGGACCUGCAGCCCACACUGCUCAAUGGGAACGGCGGGAAGAAACCGGGCAAUGAAAAGAGGGAAUAAGCGAUUGUAGGAGUGGCACUCAUUUGAUGGAUUCUGUUUUUGUUUGGCACCGAGCAUGCCUCAUUGGCAGCUUCUGGCCAUCGGCGCUACCUGCGUAGUCAUCUGCUUCCCUGCUGCAGUAUCACCUCUGGUCUGAACUGUCGCUGCAGACAUGGGGCCGGUCUGCUGUAAGCCGGACACCCUGAAGAAGCAACAUCUCCAAGGUGGAACGGGAGAGAAGGACCGUGCACCAAUCAGCCAUGAAUCCUUCCUGCUCAUGGCCAACUCCCAGACAGACAUGGAUGACUGGGUCAAGGCCAUUCGGCGGGUCAUCUGGGCACCGUUUGGAGGAGGGAUAUUCGGCCAGCGAUUAGAGGACACGGUGCAGUAUGAGAAGAAGUUUGGCCCCCGAUUGGCUCCGCUGCUAGUGGAGCAAUGUGUGGAUUUCAUCAGGGAGAGGGGCUUGGACGAGGAGGGUCUCUUCAGAAUGCCGGGCCAGGCCAACCUGGUCAAAGAUCUGCAGGAGGCCUUCGACUGUGGCGACAAGCCUCUUUUUGACAGCAACACAGACGUUCACACUGUGGCAUCCUUGCUGAAGUUGUACCUGCGAGAGCUGCCUGAACCUGUCAUUCCCUUCUGCAAAUAUGAAGACUUUUUAACAUGUGCACAGCUUUUGUCCAAAGAUGAGGAGGAGGGAGUUCAGGAGCUCGGGAAGCAAGUUAACACACUACCUCUGCCUAAUUACAAUCUGCUCAAGUACAUAUGCAAAUUCCUUGACGAAGUCCAAUCGCACUGUCAUGAAAACAAGAUGAGCGUCCAGAACCUCGCCACAGUGUUUGGGCCCAAUAUUCUUCGACCCAAGAUGGAAGAUCCUGUGACUAUCAUGGAAGGUACCUCUUUAGUGCAACACCUCAUGACGAUCUUGAUCAGGGAACACAAGCGUUUGUACUCAGGGAGGGACCAGGAGGGCUCCACGGUACUCCAAGCGGAGCAUCAGCUCCUCAAUCGUAGCCUUGGUGCUUGGAUCUCCGAAGAGGACCUGCAGAGUUGCCCCGUAUCUAACCCAGAACAAGAACUGAACAGCAGUGCCUCGUCACUCGAAGCCAAACUGUGUGCCGCUGUCACCCCCAUGCAGAGCCCAAAACUAGGGUCUUCGUCAGCAAAGGGGGAGACAGUUGUGAGCCCGAGUAAACAAGCCAAGAGCAUCCCCUCGUGGAAGUAUUCUUUUAAAGGCUCCUCGACGCCUCGUUCGCAGCCGCAGCCCAAGCAGAGCGGCUCGGCGGUGGAACCCAGCGCAGUGUCUUCCGGCGGGGGAGGAAGCAGUAACUGGCUGAUGAACGGUUUGUCUUCCUUAAGAGGGCACAGACGUACUUCUUCAGGUGAAAGAUCAGCCCGAGACCGCGACUCCACCGGUUCCUCACAAAGACUCUCCACCUAUGACAAUGUCACCUCCUCAUCCAGCAUGGGCAGCGUUCAGAGUGGAGGCAGCACUCCUUGGUCCACCUCGUCCUGUGAGAUCUCAGCGCCAGACUCUGGGAGCGGUGAUCCCUCGGCCCACCAUAACUGCGGAGCCGGGGGUGACGGCGGGGACAAGGGGGAGUGGACGGAAGUUCAGAGGGAGCCAGAGAGAGGGGGGACGACCACAGAUCCGAGCUCUGAACAGGAUAGCUGUGAGGCCAUGGAGCUUUGCAGCAGCAGUGCGGCCUGCAGCGAGAAUGGAAACGUGAGCAUGGUAGUUGGAGUACCGUCCAUCGUCACAUCCGACGACGGAGACGGAAUGAACGUCACCCUGAGCAGUCUGGUAGAAGGCCUCAAGGUCGAGCUCGGGAAACAGAAGGCUGCUUAUGAGAUCAGGAUUCAAAAGUUGGAGGACUCCAGCGCCGCCCUGUGUGCUCACAUGGAACGUUUGGAACAGGAGAUGGAGCAGGAGAAGAAGCGGCAGCGGAUGCUGGAGAUCAAACUGCGGAACUCGGAGCGAGCUCGGGAGGAUGCCGAGAACCGCAACAAACUCCUGGAGAAGGAGAUGGAGGACUUCUUUUCCACUCUGGGAGAUCUUACCAUGAGUACGAGAACCAGCGAUAUUUGACCUGACCGACGGGACGCCGCCAGGGUUUGUUUUUAGAAAAGGGCUCACGGCAUCCUUGGUGCCGCAGGACGCUCGGCCAUGUUUUUGUGCGUUGACAACAACGCCGGCGGAAAUGUGGCCAGACUGUUUUGGAAUGCGUCACAUGGUACAUGAAUGCAGUCACUUCUUACUGGUGAGCACUGACCAAUGUGACCUAAUUGUAGCAAGUCAAAUGAUGAUUGAAUGCGAUUUGUCUCUGCUGUUUCACAUGUAGAUGAAUGUUUGCUAAAUAUUAAGAUACAUUAAACUAACCCCCCCCCACAAUCCCCAUUUAAAGGAAAUAGGGACCAAAACUGUUGAGGAAUUGACCCCCCCCCCUCCAAAAUGUUUAGAACUGCUCAAAUUAAUAUAUUAAAGUGUAAAUAACCCCAUCAAUUAUGAUCCUGAAAAUGUCAUCCUUAAAAAUAACAACUGUCAUACCAUAAAAUGACACCUAAGUAGUUAGCUUGAGCUUUUUAAUAGCGACUCAGUGGGGCGAAAACAUGUGGCUAAGUCUCGAUAUAACAUCCCAGGCUAAGCUUAGCUCCUCGGAACACAAGCAUAGUUUUUUAAAUAUAAAUAGCUGAGGAUAAGGACCACAGAAAUAGACACGAACAAAUACAUUUGUGAAUAGAGAACUGCAAAUAGGAGUUCACUAUAGUCACAAAUUGAAUAUUUGUUCAAAAUUUGUUUGGAGGGGGGCGAUUUAAUAUUACUGAAGAUAGGAAAUGGCUAUUGUACUUAAGUUGCCAGUUCUCCACUUCCAUCUUGGAGCAUAAACACAUAUUUGUAUUCUGUUUAGACAGUCAGCUAGUCUUGCCUGCGUUUGCCCUCAGGCCCUUCCAGUGCCUCUUUAAUCACAUGACCUACAUCCCUCGAGCGUGUUGUGGUUUAAAACGAAGGCCAGUUCAAAGUGAGUCAGACCUGGCGGCCAUGUUGACUUUGGAACAUGAAGCUCAACACUGCCCUUAAAGAAACAAUGGUAUUUCCUAGUUGUGCCUUCAGGGAAGUCCUUUUAAAUAUUGAAAUGAAUAAAGGUUCGCGCCGCCUGACCCGGUCCUCAAGCAUAACCUCCCUCUAGACCGUUUAACUCAACAAAAGUGCUGAUGACCAAUAUCUUAGAAGGUGCCAAUUAUUGUGAAAGUGAUUUAGUGCUUUUGAAUGGAAAGAAUGUAUCCUUGUAGUGAAUGUAAUUGUGUUUGAUGAAGCCAGCCUGAGAGGAAAUGCACUGGUCAGCGUUUCCUCCAUUUUGUGUCUUGGACUAACUCUCUUGGGAAGAACAUGAAGCUUGCGCAUAAUUUGUUCAUGGAGCAACUGCAUGCUGAUUAAAAAUGACUCAACAAAAGGGCCCAUAAUAAUGAAAAUGUGCUUUAGUAAAAACCAAGUGACUGUUGUUUAUUUUAACUAUACUGCGUUUUAUAAGCAGACGUUAGGAUUUUUAUUGCACAGGAAUGUCACAGAAGACUACUACCAACUUCACUUGUUAUCACAGCAGUCCAAUACAAACAUUUAUUUUCCUCUUAUGUAUGUAUGUGUAUGUACGGCUAUGUCACAAUGUCUUGAUGGCUCAUCAAUGGUGCUUUUUUAUUUAUUUGGAUAUACAUAAUUGUAAUGAAUAGACACCUAUGGAGAAUAAAGCUGACAUUGGGUUCAUCGAAGAUGUUGAAUUUGUAUGAAAUUAUAUUAGCGGAAAUCGUAACCGUGUAAUCAAUGUGGAAAGAAAAAGACCAAUAACCAAAGUGGAUUCUUUUAUUCGUAGUACACAUUGUUUUCUUGUUCUGCCAUUGUAUUGAAUUGAAGAGGAGGCAUCAUGAGAUCCCAGUGUAUGGUUUUUUUUUAUACUUGGGAAUUCUUAGAACUAUUUUAUUUUCUUGGCUGGAGUUACUCGCAAACCAGCACCAUACAUAUGAUAUGAUUAUUAUUACCAUUAUUUGUCUUACCGCAACCUAAAAUCUGUCAGGCGGGUAAGGCUGAAGUCUUAAAAUGGAUCUGAAUUAUGCAAAAAAAAAAAAAAAAAAAAGGGGGAGUAGGGGUUGACAGUACCAACACUUUUGAUUACCUUCAGGCGACGCUUCGAGAGCACACUUUGCUGAAGGUAUUGCACAUUUAAGUUGGAAAACAACAACGACAAAGAAAAUACAUAGGACUCUCCUCUCACUGGUAGGUGAACUUUACAUUAUGUACAAAAUCUGUGGAAAGCGACACUUUUUUUUUUUUUUUUUUAAACUCAGUCAAAUAAAUAAAUAAUAAUGGAAUCUGUUAUUCACAUGUCAUGCAGGCGAGCGAUGAUGACGCAAGAAGUGGCAGAAAUUCAGCGUGAGGUAGUUCAUCAAAGCCGAUAGAUUAGUGAUUCGGACAAAAUAGAGACAGAAGGAAUUUGAAAUUAAAAGCCGCGUGGAGAAAAUUAAGAGCACUUUCAAAAUAA